CUCAAGGGCCGUGCCAUCCUCUGCUGUCCCUAUCCCAUCAUCGCGUCCUGGCCCGUCCCCCUCCCUUCUGAUGGCACCCCUGCGUCCAUCGCUUCGACUGUGGCUCUCCCCUCGACUUCAGCCAGCAGUCGUGCGUCUUCCUCCGUUGCUCUAUCUCUCCCUCCUGCCCCCAACCUCCUCUCCGGUCUUUCCGCCCCUCCCAAGCGCAAAGCACGCGUGCGCAAGGCAGGCCGAGAGCGCAAUCUCGCCGCCGACCUAGAGGCCGAGUAUGGAACCCCCGACGCGAUGAUCGCACAGACGGACACGUUCGACAAAAUAUGGAUUCGCCCCGUUCAGCCGCCCACCCAGGCUGCCCGCGAUCGUGUACGCCGCCUUUGGGUUGGCUACUGGGCUUGGCGUCUCAAGUCUGAAGACGCCGCCGAAGACAUGCUACGCCCAGGAUCAAACUUUCCUCCCCUCGCUCAAGCAAUACAAGGAUUUCACGCCAUCUUUAAGACGGGCCACUCCUACGUCGAAGAGGGUAAGGGCUGGGCGUUCGUAACAGCAAUGAGAUUCGUCGGCGUACUCUGCGCUUAUCUCAAAUCCAUCGGAGCCGGUAUACCAUCGCAAUCAGAUCGCGUCCAAAUUGGAAAUGCUAUCCGGGAAUGGGCCGUCGUCGACAAGCUGUUGUCCACACGCAAGCGUGAAAAGCGCUACGUUCGUCGGGAAGACUUGGCCCUCUUCUGUGGAGCCGCUCUCAAGCCGCCAACGCCACUGCGCACCAAUUGGCUGCGGCUCAAUACCAUCGCCCUCGCCACCCUUCUCUACGCAACCGGCCAGCGUCCAGGCUGCAUCGUCCUAUCCCGGGGCUAUGAAAACACCAACGAGUGUCUGCUCUACAAGCACAUUGAGGUGUGGAUCACCGGGUGGAAGGAAGGUGAAGGCCUCGAGAUCACCUUGUUUAUCAGCUUUGUCUACAUGAAGUUCAUGCGCCAGGACGACUCUGCACAGUAAGUCUCGCGCUCUCGCAUGCACCUCUCGCUCACUUC